GCAUGCCAUGGUCGCGACGGGAUGACACGCCUCACCACAUCUACUGUGCAUAUACCACAUCCACAUACAUGUACCACUGCAUUCAGGCACAUCAGUACUUCAGAGGAGAUCGAAGGUGUCCACCGCCACUGAUGUCUCCUCCCGGAAUCAACUCCUGCCCGCCUGUCUGCAAGACCACACACCUACCUGCAGCCAGGCGCUUUGCCAUGUCGUCCCCUGCUCGCCAUGCAACAUCCAAUGGCCAUCGCAUCAUUAUCCCACGCCUUGGGCGUGCUCCUCUACCAAAAUAUACACGGCAGGCCGAAGUCGCGAAGCUGUCGCGCCUUGUAGAUAGAUACAUGCCCAGGUACCUUCGGGAAGAUCAGGGUGGGGAUGCCGGGUCGCGGCGCUUUCUUUCCUGCCUCGAAGAGUCGUCGUGCUUAACAUUCGCCGCCAUUGACUCGGACUUCAUCCGCGUUAAGUACUGUAAGUACGCCGCCAACGCCAAGGACUACUCUCACGAGGAUAUGGGUUUUUCUCAUAAGAAGUGGCAGACCAAUAAUGUCUCGAAUAAUGUGAAUGACCAGAGAACGAAGGAGUUCGAGGCUGACAAGACUGCCGGCAAGGAGACUGUUCGCAAGUACGGAUCGGGCGACAAAGAUGGGAAUGCGCCUGUGAAGUCCUUGUAG